AUGGCCAUCUCAGUGGACUCGUCUUGGCCACGGUGGCAAUGGAGAGUGGAUGACGGCUUCCCGCAGUCUCCAUCAGAAACCACCCCACUACUCCCUCCGGAGACGGGAAGGGAGUGCUCCCGUGGGACACAGCAGCGGGUCGUGUUCCCCAACAACAACACAUUCCAGCAAGACUGGGAGAAGGUCUCCAGGAGAUACUCCAGCAACAGAAUCUGUACCACCAAAUACACCCUCUUCACCUUCCUGCCCCAGAAUCUCUUUGAGCAGUUUCAUAGAUGGGCCAACCUCUAUUUCCUGUUCCUGGUGGUUCUGAACUGGAUGCCCUCCAUGGAGGUGUUCCACAAGGAAAUCACCAUGUUGCCGUUGGCCAUAGUUCUGUCUGUAAUCAUGGUCAAGGACGGCAUAGAGGACUUCAGGAGACACCGCUUUGACAGAGCGAUAAACACUUCCAGCAUCCGAAUAUAUGAAAGGAAAGAGCAGAGGUACGUGCAGAAGUGCUGGAAGGAUGUGCGAGUGGGAGACUUUGUCCAGAUGCGGUGCAAUGAGGUCAUCCCAGCGGACAUACUCCUCCUCUUCUCCUCGGACCCCAGUGGGAUCUGCCACCUGGAAACCGCUAACCUGGAUGGAGAGACAAACCUCAAGCAGCGGCGUGUUGUCAAAGGCUUCGCCCAGCAGGAGGUGCACUUCCAGCCGGAGCAUUUCCACAGCACCAUCGUGUGUGAGAAACCCAACAACCACCUCAACAAGUUCAAGGGCUACAUGGAGCACCCCGACCAAACCAGGACUGGCGUUGGCAGUGAGAGUCUUCUGCUUCGAGGCUGCACCAUCAGAAACACCGAGGUGGCUGUUGGCAUCGUCAUCUAUGCAGGCCAUGAGACAAAAGCCCUGCUCAACAACAGCGGCCCACGGUACAAACGAAGCAAGGUUGAGCGACGCAUCAACACAGACAUCUUCUUCUGCAUCGGCUUUCUCAUCCUCAUGUGCCUUGUUGGAGCUGUAGGCUACAGCCUCUGGAACGGGACCUUUGAAGAGCACCCUCCUUUCGAUGUGCCAGAUGCCGAUGGCAGCUUCCUCUCCCCUGCUGUGGGAGGCGUCUACAUGUUCCUCACCAUGAUCAUCCUGCUCCAGGUGCUGAUCCCGAUCUCUUUAUACGUAUCCAUUGAGCUGGUGAAGAUUGGGCAAGUGUUCUUUCUACACAAUGACCUUGACCUGUACGAUGAAGAGGCAGAUAUGUCCAUUCAGUGUCGAGCCCUCAACAUCACUGAGGACCUGGGCCAGAUCCAGUACAUCUUCUCUGACAAGACAGGGACCCUAACGGAGAACAAGAUGGUGUUCCGGCGUUGCACCAUCAUGGGCAGCGAGUACUGUCACCAAGAAAACGCCAAGCGACUGGAGACUCCAAAGGAGCUGGACUCAGACAGUGAAGAAUGGACCCAGUACCAGUGCCUGUCUUUCCCAGCCAGAUGGGCCCAGGGUCCAGCAACAAUGAGAAGCCAAGGAGGUGCCCAGCCUCUAAGGAGGAGCCAGAGUGCCCGGGUGCCCAUCCAGGGCCAUUCCCGACAGAAGUCUGUGGGACGCCGUGAAAGCUCACAGCCUCCUGUGGCCUUCAGCAGCUCCAUAGAAAAAGAUGUGACCCCAGAUAAACACUUACUUACCAAGGUGCGAGAUGCUGCCCUGUGGCUGGAGACCUUGUCAAACACCAGACCUGCCAAGCCUUCCAUCUCUACCGCUUCCUCCAUAGCCGACUUCUUCCUUGCCCUAACUAUCUGCAACUCCGUCAUGGUGUCCACAACCACAGAACCCAGGCAGAGGGUCACCAUGGCACCCUCAUCCAAGGCUCUGGGCAUGUCCUUGGAGAAGAUUCAGCAGCUGUUCCAGAGACUGAAGCUAUUAAGCCUCAGCCAGUCAUUCUCCUCUACCGCACCCUCCGACACAGACCUGGGUGAGAGUUUGGGGGCCACCGCGCCCACCACAGACUCAGAUGAGAGAGAUGAUGCAUCUGUGUGCAGUGGAGGCUACUCUACCGAUGGUGGCUACAGGAGCAGUGCAUGGGACCAGGGUGACAUCCUGGGGUCUGGGUCAGGCGCCUCAAUGGAGGAGGUGCCAGAGGCUCCAGCCAGAGGCCUGGCCCAGCCUGAGCUUUGUUACGAGGCCGAGAGCCCUGAUGAGGCAGCCCUGGUGCACGCUGCCCAUGCCUACAGCUUCACACUGGUGUCUCGGACACCUGAGCAGGUGACCGUGCGCCUGCCCCAGGGCACCUGUCUCACUUUUGACCUCCUCUGCACCCUGGGCUUCGACUCUGUCAGGAAGAGAAUGUCCGUGGUCGUGAGACACCCAUUGACUGGUGAGAUCGUCAUCUACACCAAGGGCGCCGACUCGGUCAUCAUGGACCUGCUGGAAGACCCAGCCUGUGUGACUGACACUGAGGUGGAGAAGAAGCUGAAGAAAAUCCGAGCGCGGACCCAAAGGCACCUGGACAUGUAUGCGAGAGACGGCCUCCGCACGCUGUGCAUCGCCAAAAAGGUCAUAAGCGAAGAGGACUUCCAGAGAUGGGCCAGUUUCCGGCAUGAGGCUGAGGCAUCCCUUGACAACCGAGAGGAGCUUCUGAUGGAGACAGCACAGCAUCUGGAGAAUCAACUCACCUUACUCGGAGCCACUGGAAUUGAAGACCGGCUGCAGGAAGGCGUCCCAGAUACCAUCGCUGCUCUGCGGGAGGCUGGGAUCCAGCUCUGGGUCUUGACGGGCGAUAAGCAGGAGACGGCAGUCAACAUCGCCUACGCCUGCAGGCUGCUGGAUCAGACCGACACUGUGUACUCCAUUCACACAGAGAAUCAGGAAACCUGUGAAUCCGUCCUCAAUUGUGCAUUGGAAGAGGUGAAGCAAUUUCAUGAACCACAGAAGCCACGCCGCAAGUUCUUUGGAUUCCUCCUACCUUCCAAGAUACCAUCAGUCAUUCCGGGAGCUGCAGUUCCAGAAGUGGGAUUGGUCAUUGAUGGAAAGACACUGAAUGCCAUUUUCCAGGGCAAGCUGGAGAAGAAGUUUCUGGAGUUGACCCAGUACUGCCGGUCUGUCCUGUGCUGCCGCUCCACCCCUCUCCAGAAGAGUAUGAUAGUCAAGCUGGUGCGAGACAAGUUGAGCGUCAUGACCCUCUCCAUAGGUGAUGGAGCAAAUGAUGUAAGCAUGAUUCAAGCUGCUGACGUUGGAAUUGGAAUAUCUGGGCAGGAAGGCAUGCAGGCCGUCAUGUCCAGCGACUUCGCCAUCUCCCGCUUCAGGUACCUCAAGAAGCUGCUGCUUGUGCACGGCCACUGGUGCUAUUCCCGCCUGGCUAGAAUGGUGGUGUACUACUUCUAUAAGAACGUGUGCUACGUCACGCUGCUCUUCUGGUACCAGUUCUUCUGUGGGUUCUCUGGCUCCACCAUGAUCGACUACUGGCAGCUGAUCUUCUUCAACCUCUUCUUUACCUCCCUGCCGCCCCUCAUCUUCGGAAUCCUCGAUAAAGACGUCUCUGCAGAGACGCUGCUGGCGCUGCCCGAGCUCUACAAGAGCGGCCAGAACUCCGAGUGCUACACUGUGUCGACGUUCUGGAUCUCCAUGGUGGACGCUUUCUACCAAAGCCUGGUCUGUUUCUUCAUUCCUUACCUGACCUACCAGGGCUCCGAUAUUGAUGUCUUUACCUUUGGGACCCCGAUCAACACUGUCUCCCUCACCACAAUCCUCCUGCACCAGGCAAUGGAAAUGAAGACCUGGACCGUCAUCCAUGGCCUCGUCCUGCUAGGCAGCUUCCUCAUGUACUUCGUGGUGUCCCUGCUGUACAAUGCCGUCUGUGUCACCUGCAACAGCCCCACCAAUCCAUACUGGGUGAUGGAAAGGCAGCUGGCAAACCCUACGUUCUACCUCGUCUGCUUCCUCACACCUGCCGCGGCUCUUCUCCCAAGGUACUUUUUCCUGUCUCUACAAGGAACCUAUGGGAAGUCUCCGAUCACAAAAGCUCAGAAAAUUGACAAACUGCCCACCGACAAAAGAAACCUAGAAAUUCAGAGUUGGAGAAGCAAACAGAGACCUGUCACUAUCCCUAAAGUGGCUCGGCCCACCCAGCAUCCAGUGCCCCCUGUCCCAGAACAGAGCUUCCGAACCAGCACUCCAAAGAGCCCUCCCAAGCAGAAGCACAUCGAGGACUGGGUGUUCCACGGACAGAGAGGCAGCACGGCACACACGACAGAUGACCCAUGCUCGGGGGACUCCUCAGCCAAACCCUCCUCUGGGGAGCACCUGCUGGGGCCUAACAGGACAGUGCUUCCCGGAGCCUACUUGGCCGGACAGACUGGUAGGUCCCGGCACUCCAGCAGGAGCAGCCAUCGCCGAUCCCAGAGUUCCCUGACCAUAUGA